AUGGAGGUAACGACGGAUGACUCCCCAGUGGUUGAUGCCACUGGUACUGAGGAUGAAGCAGACGCUGUGUUCCCGGAGGAUCAACCCCAGAGUCAACAGUCCACUUCGGAUGUUGAUGAUACUGCGAACCCUAACAGGAAGCCUUCCAAAAAGAAGCGGAGACUUGCACAUCAAGGAGCCAAUCAGCUCGCCCCACAGCUCCGCGACAAAGCGAAACGAAUAAGCAGCCAAAUGUGUCAGAACACUUCUGAACCCUCUGAAAGCCUCUCACGGUCGUCGUCGUCGUCGUCGUCGUCGUCGUCGUCGUCGUCGUCGUCGCCGCCGCCGCCGCUUCUGCAGAAGUAG